AUAACCAUCCCAUCUACGGCUACAAGAGCGUUGGUGGCGAUGCCUGGUCGUCUUCUCCUCGCAUUUCUCCUUGUAGCUGUCGCUUCGGGCGCCUACGAUGGCGCCGGACGGCAGCCGAUAAGCCGGAGGAGCUUCCCCAAUGGCUUCGUCUUCGGAACGGCCUCCUCGUCCUAUCAGUAUGAGGGUGGUGCAAUGAAGGGAGGCAAGGGACCAAGCAUCUGGGACAACUUCACUCACGAGCACCCAGACAAGAUUGUCGACGGAAGCAACGGGGAUGUUGCAGUGGAUUCCUACCAUCUUUACAAGGAAGAUGUGCGCCUCAUGAAGGAUAUGGGAAUGGAUGCAUACAGGUUCUCCAUAUCGUGGACAAGGAUUCUUCCAGAUGGGACUCUGAGAGGUGGAGUCAACAAAGAAGGCAUCGAGUAUUACAACAGCUUGAUUAAUGAGCUAUUAUCCAGAGGGGUGCAGCCAUUUGUGACCCUUUUUCACUGGGAUUCACCUCAGGCAUUAGAAGAUAAAUACGGAGGGUUUCUUAACCCUGAUAUCAUAAACGACUAUAAGGAUUACGCAGAAGUCUGCUUCAGGGAGUUCGGGGACCGAGUGAAGCACUGGAUCACAUUCAAUGAGCCCUGGGCCUUUAGCGUUGCGGGCUAUGCAAUGGGCGUGCUUGCGCCAGCUAGGUGCUCGCCCUGGGAGCUGGGCAAAUGCAGCGGUGGAGAUUCAGCAAGGGAGCCUUACACAGUAUCCCACCAUCAGUUACUCGCCCAUGCGGCGGCUGUUAAAUUGUACAGAAAGAAAUAUAAGGUCGUUCAGAAGGGGGAGAUUGGGAUAACUUUAGUCUCAUCCUGGUUGGUUCCCUUCUCCCGUUCAGAGUCCGACAGUGAUGCAGCAAAGCGUGCUAUAGACUUCAUGCUUGGGUGGUUUAUGGACCCCCUAGCCAAAGGAGACUACCCACUGAGCAUGAGAAGAAUUGUCCGGAAUCGCUUGCCGCGGUUCACCAAAGAACAAUCUAAAUUGGUCAAGGGUGCAUUCGACUUCAUUGGAAUCAACUACUACACUGCAAACUAUGCUGAUAACCUUCCACCAUCAAAUGGCCUGAAGAGCUACAAUACAGAUGCCCGAGCUAAUCUUACUGGUGUUCGAAAUGGCGCCCCCAUAGGUCCUCAGACUAGUGUACCUUGGCUCUACGUCUACCCUCGAGGCUUUCGUGAUCUGUUGCUUUAUAUCAAGGAGAAGUAUGGCAAUCCUACGAUCUACAUCACUGAAAAUGGCCUCGGUGAAACCACCACCAACACCAGCCUACCACUCGAGGAAGCGCUGAAGGACGACGCGAGGAUAGAGUACCACCAUGGGCACCUUGUUGCCCUAUUGAGUGCGAUCAGGGACGGAGCGAACGUGAAGGGGUACUUCGCGUGGUCGCUGCUGGACAACUUCGAGUGGGCGACCGGAUACACGGUGCGCUUCGGGUUACACUUCGUGGAUUACGGGGAUGGGCGGAAGCGGUACCCCAAGCGCUCCGCCGGGUGGUUCAAGAGGUUCCUCAAGAGAUGAGCUCGUAGAAUUAUAUACCAGCAACCGGCAAGAAGAAUGGAGACGAUUGCGUAGGUCGUUUAUCCGUGUUUUGUUCUGUAAACUGUACCCCAGUCAGUGAUCAGUGUAAUAACUUGAACCGAGCCUUCACUGAAAUCCAGUUCUUCCUAUA